GCUAUGAUCAUGACAUUAUUUUUCAUAGUUUUUUUUCUCAUUAAAUUUCUUCAAAAAGAGAACACAAAACUGGCCAAAACUAGGCACAAAAAACUGCCACCAGGGAGAAGAGGUUGGCCAUUGAUUGGAGAUAGUUUCAACUGGUACAAUGCUGUUGCAAGCUCUCACCCUCCAACCUUCGUAGAACAACAAGUCAAAAGGUUUGGGAAAAUAUUUUCCUGCAGUUUGUUUGGGAAGUGGGCUGUGGUGUCUGCUGACCCCAGCUUCAACCGGUUCGUGAUGCAAAACGAGGGGAAGCUGUUCAAGUCGAGUUAUCCGAAAUCGUUUCGAGAUUUGGUUGGGAAAAAUGGAGUGAUUACAGUUCAAGGAGAACAGCAAAGGAAGCUCCAUGGAAUUGCUUCCAACAUGAUGCGUCUUGAGAAGCUUAAGUUUCACUUUUUGGAAGAUAUUCAGAGGGUUAUGACUCGAACUCUCUGCAGUUUUGAAGAUGAUCAACUCAUUCUUCUCCAAGAUGUUUGUAGAAAGGUGGCUAUUAAUCUAAUGGUAAAUCAAUUAUUGGGAAUAACAAGUGAGUCUGAGAUCAAUGAGAUGGCUCACUUGUUCUCUGACUUUGUUGAUGGUUGUCUCUCUGUUCCUAUCAAUUUACCAGGCUGUCCUUAUCACACUGCCAUGAAGGCAAGAGAGAAAAUAAUUAAGAAGAUUAAUAGAACAAUAAAGAUGUACAGAGAAGAAGGGUCAUUGGAAGUGAGUAAUGGUGUGUUAGCAAGAUUAUUAGAGGAAGAAAGUUUACCAGAUGAAGCAGUAGCAGAUUUCAUCAUCAACCUUCUCUUUGCUGGAAAUGAAACCACUGCUAAAACUAUGCUUUUUGCUGUAUAUUUUCUCACUCAAUGUCCCACAGCUUUGAAACAACUACUGGAUGAACAAGAGAGUUUAAAGAGUUGCUCUAAUGGAGAAGAAAUGCUUACAUGGCAGGACUACAAAGCAAUGUCUUUCACUCAAUGUGUUAUUGAUGAAUCUCUUAGACUAGGAGGGAUUGCAAUAUGGUUGAUGAGAGAGGCCAUUGAAGAUGUCAAGUACCAAGAUUAUGUUAUCCCCAAAGGGUGUUUUGUGGUUCCAUUUCUUUCGGCAGUACAUUUGGAUGAAAAUGUGUACAAUGGAGCUCUUAAUUUUAAUCCAUGGAGGUGGAUGGACCCUCAAAAUGAGGAAAAGAGAAAUUGGAGAAAUAGUCCAUUUUAUGCUCCUUUUGGAGGAGGUGCCAGAUUCUGCCCAGGAGCCGAGUUAGCUCGCCUUCAAAUUGCUCUCUUUCUCCGAUCCUUUGUUACUACAUAUAGGUGGACACAAACGAAAGAAGAUAGAAUGUCUUUCUUUCCUUCUGCCCGACUUGUAAAUGGUUUCCAAAUUCGCUUAACGAGACGACACAUGCAAGAUGAAGGAUGA